AAGAUAAAAUUACUUUUUCGUUCAUCUUAUGAAUUAUGUGACCAUCCUUAUAAAUUACAUUGACAAAAGACCACCCCAAGCAAACGCUGUCACACGUUAGCCAACACUUACGCUGUGUAAUAAAUAAACAAUCUCUGGUGGAUGCGGAGGCUCACGACAAACCCCCUGCUGAAGCGCUAAUCUAAUCUACUACGAGUAAGCGGCGUUAGCGCGGACGUCGACUGCGCCGUCGCUGAGCAAUUUAGUUAAGCUACUAAUGCCGGCUGGUCAGCGCGUCAAUCAGUCAUCACCUGCUUGAAGACGCCACUGGACGCUACCUACUACCGCCCCAUUCAUUAAAUAAACAAAUAAAGGCAUUUAACGAAAAUUAAACACACACAAAAAGCAAAAUGGUUGCCCUCUCGAAGUUAAGUCAAAUUUUUAGUUACCAAAACUGGGUGCAUGCUGUCUCUGGGGCAUCGGGUGGCUGCAUAGCCAUGAGCACAUUCUAUCCAUUGGACACCGUGCGUUCGCGUCUGCAAUUGGAAGAGAGCGGCGAGGUACGCAGCACUAAGCAAGUGAUCAAAGAAAUUGUCCUAGGUGAAGGAUUUCAGGCACUGUAUCGAGGUCUUGGCCCUGUCCUUCAAAGUUUAUGCAUUUCGAAUUUCGUGUAUUUCUACACAUUCCAUGCGCUUAAAGCGAUUGCUUCAAAUGGUUCGCCUAGUCAGCAGAGCGCCCUAAAGGAUCUGCUACUGGGCUGCAUAGCUGGAGUAAUAAAUGUAUUUACGACCACUCCCUUCUGGGUGGUCAACACACGAUUGCGUAUGCGCAAUGUGGCCGGCACUUCGGAUGAGAUUAACAAGCAUUACAAGACUCUACUGGAGGGACUUAAGUAUGUGGCCAAAACUGAAGGUGUGGCUGGCCUAUGGUCUGGCACAAUUCCCUCACUGAUGUUGGUCUCGAAUCCGGCGCUUCAAUUUAUGAUGUAUGAAAUGUUGAAGCGCAAUCUUAUGACGUUUACCGGAGGAGAAAUCGGAAGUUUGGGUUUUUUUGUGAUCGGAGCGAUCGCUAAAGCCUUUGCCACAGUGCUGACAUAUCCAUUGCAGCUGGUGCAGACAAAGCAACGUCAUCGCACCAAGGAGGCGGAUAGUGGUGCUGCUGGUGGCCCAUCUACCUCACGUCAGGCGGCAGCUGGCAAGCAAACAAACCAAAGCACUUUGGAGCUGAUGAUCAGCAUACUGCAACAUCAAGGUGUGCGGGGUCUAUUCCGUGGCCUAGAAGCCAAGAUCCUGCAAACGGUACUCACUGCAGCUCUCAUGUUUAUGGCAUAUGAGAAAAUUGCUGGAACAGUGGGACUCUUGCUUAAGCGCAACCGAUAAAAAAAAAAACAUCUUCUAGAUGACUGGAUUAAGAUAACUAAAAUAUUAUAUGUUUAAGCUAUAGAUACAUAACCUCACUUGGAUAGGGAUACGGAUUUGGCUAUGCCGAACGCAGCACUACACAUACACAGUCACACACAUACAAACACCCCAAAGUUAGCAUUAAAACGGAAACCAAAUAUUAACAGAAAA